AACCAGGGCGUUGGUCCCUACUAAAGAGGCCACUUCUUAGCCUCAAGUUUCUUUGACGGGACUUUGCUGUUAGCGUUGAGGUGUCUCUGUCUCUCACACACGCACACAUACACACUGUUCGAUUGUUAAGGAUCUGUCACAGAUUUUCAACUUGAAAAAGCAUCAAAAUGAUCGUGUUGUUGGCGGGUAUCAUUGUGCUUCAUCUGACCGUACUGGUUUUGCUGCUUAUUUCUACUAUUGUUAAUUCCUGGUGGUAUUACAGCGACAUCCAUAGUUUAGAUAUUUGGCAGAAUUGCACAUGGCUUGAAGCUUGGAACUGCACGCCCUAUACUACGAACGAAUGGCUGCAAGCUGUUCAGGCAAUGAUGAUUCUUUCCGUCAUCUUCAGCUUUCUCUCGGUGAUUCUGUUUUUCUGCCAGCUAUUUACGCUCCAGAAAGGAGGUCGUUUUUACAUCACUGGAAUCUUUCAGCUACUUGCAGGCAUUUGUGUGAUGAGUGGAGCUGCCAUAUAUACGGUGCAGUACCCGCACAUUCACAAAGAACGCUACGAUGGGAGCUAUGGAUUUGCCUACAUUUUGGCGUGGAUUGCAUUUCCCCUGGCCCUGUGCAGCGGAAUCAUCUAUGUCAUUCUAAGAAAGCGUGAAUGAGCUACCAUAGAUCACCACAAUCCGUAUGAUGCCAUCUUUAGAGGAAUAAAAAAAACAUUACUGUUUUAAUUUGAAGAUGUAUAUAGUAUCUAUGGUUUAAAACCUAUUUAUAACACUUUUUACAUAUAUGUACAUAGUAUUGUUUGCUUUUUUGACAGAAGCUGUGUUUUGCAAGCUAAUUAAGUGCCUACAGAACAUUCAUUUUUAACAGUUUACGAUUAAAAAAGUAUUUUGCUGAAGCCAAAUUCUGCAACAAAACUUUAUUUUAAAUAGAAUAUGUUAAUCAAAACGCAUGUAAAAUUAUAGCUAGUAAGCUGUUUUUUAAUAAAAAAAAAGUGUAGCUUGAGUAAGUAAAUUGCUAAUAGCUUACAAGUUUGAAUAGUUUACUCAUGUAGAUAUAAAACUUAAAAUAUUCAAUGGUGCUACAUAUUUACCAUUCCUUGUCAUAACCUAUAGCCAUCUCACUGGAGAAUUACUAUUUACAACAAGGUAAAAUAAAUGCUUUAAUUCUGCAGGAUUUACUUUGUCUAAAUAUUUCUGUAUGGAUGGAGUUUUUUUUCUUAGCAUUAAUGUGAAGGUUUGAAAGUUAAUGGAGCUAGGGGCAGCAAUACUAGGACAGGUGUGAGGGGUGAUUUGAAUGCUCACCAUCAGAUACUGUCUGCAGCUUACUGAGGCUUCAAUUGUGAGGGGCAAUUUGAAUGCCCACCUUUAGAUAGUGUCUAUAGCUAAACAAGCCUUCUGAUGUGCGUCCAGUCUUGUAAUCCAGUCCUGUGCUGCAGGCAUUCUCCUUUUUGGUUUGUGGUCAUCCCUGAUUCAUACCUGGGUCUUGUUAACAGUGACCUGAAAUUUCCUGUGUGGGUCUGAUUUAUUGCAGUGUGAAAGUAUAAUGCUUCAAGUGCAGCUAUUAACAGUCGCUGUUUCAUUGCUGUGUGAAGUCUAGAAAACUUAUCCAGUAUGCAAAGCUUCAAACAGCAUGUAAUACUGACAAUAUCCGCAACAGUUCUGUUUUGAUGGUGGUAGUAAUGGGCAGUGGACAGCAGCAAAUCAGUGUGCUGGGUGCAUGAUAUCACCACCACACUGCAACCUGUCCAAACAACAGCAGUCAAAGCCAGUGUCCCAGAACCAGCCUCCUAUAUUCCUCUUCAGUUUCUAAAUGCAGAGGCAUUGCCUGAUUGUAGUGUCGAAUGUUACUCAUUUUCAUUAUACUAUUACUGAAGGAAUCAGAAAACUAGUACAGAUAGGCUUUGUUCUUUACAUGUUCGAAGAAUGCUAUAAAUGUAUUGAAAAUCUUAGUGUGCCACACUACAUGCAAAUAUAUUGUCUGGAAUUAACAUGAACUACAGUUUGCUAGAAAUAUGAAGCAAAAUGCUAAUAUUUCACUGUAUUGAUAAGCGUUCUGCUACUGAACAGUGACACAAGUUAGAUAAAUGCAAAGGGGACCACAAGUAGAAAACUGUAAUGAAAAAUGGAGAAGAAGGUGUAGUGGGGGGGGGGGCAGGGAGGGGAAUAGAAAUGAUUCCAUGCUAGGAAAGGUUAGAAUGAAUUUUCUGGAUCAUAAAUACAUGAGGAGGUAACAUUUUACCAUCCUGUGGUAAAAAUGAGCUGAUAGAAAACAGCGUCGUUUAAAUUCCCCAGAAUACUUUCCAUGAUCUUCCUAACUCCAAUAGUUAAAUUUUACCGUGUUCAUAGAUUAGUUAUGGUUGAGUAUAUUGUAGUCAGCUUUUACUGUGAGCUCACUGGCCAUAUUUUUCUACUUUUGAAAGAAUCAUUAGCAUUGCCCUUCAGGGACUGAAGUAGCUUCUCAUCUUAAAAACAGCUUUUUUUUUACACGAUUGAUUUGAUAAUAUUAGAAAUGGCAUGGAACUUGACUAUUUUCUCAGUAGUCUAAAAUAGCUAUUGACUUUGCGACAAGCUUAAAAUACAAUGAUAUGUGGCCUUUUGUUGAGAUUGUGGGGAUGCUCAAUGUGAAAUGAUAUGUUAUCUUUUCUGUUCUAAAGCUGCAGGACCUCAAUGGGGUAAUAGUCAUUUGAAAUCAGUAGCUGGCAUCUUAAAAAAGAGGAGGUUCAAAGUGAAGCCUAUAAUAAUUCUCUGAAAGAAACCUUAUUUAACAAUGGGAAAGGUGCCUCACUUUUGAUGUUCUAUGUAUAAAUAUUAUCUCCGUGACAUUACCUACACAAAGCCUUUUUAUUUUAGAUUGGCACGGCUGCACAAACUGCAGGUAUCAUGACAUAAGUACAGCAGAUUUCACGAGCAGUUUUAUCAUCACUGUAUGUUGUGAAAUUGCACUGAAAAUCACUGAACAUGCAGUUAUGACUCAAAAGUGUCCCCCCUCCAAAAAAAUACAUGUUGUAGCAGGCUGGAGAUAACUUUAAUGGUCGAGCACUGUUCCAAAUUACUGAAUUUAAGUAAGAAUGCUCAGCUCCAAAUGGCUGAAUGUUUUUCUUCAUGAUUGGUUGCUGAGGGAUCAUUCGUGGGUCACUGCAGCUUUAAGCAGGAUAUUUAUUACUGUGCAACACCAGAGAAAAGUCUUCUCAUCAGUGUGGUUCACAACCACCAUCCUACACCAAAGCUAACCACUGUUUUGAAAGAGUGAGGGGUAAUAAACAGAUUUCUGGCACUACUCAAGCAAAAAGAAAAUUAUAUACUUGUGGCUGUAUAGUUCUUUGAUGUGAUGAAAAAGCAAAUAGUUUGCUAAAUUUGUUAUCCCUUUUGAAAUCUGUUCUUGUUUACAUAGUACAGUAUAAAGAAAUAUAACAUAGUUCUUAUCCUGUGUGCACAGAUCCCCUGCAGAAUUCGUUGUGCAACUUCAGUAAGGUUUCGGGGGUGGGGGGGGGAGGGGUGGGUUGCGCGAUUUGUUUUUUUAAGUUUGCUAACAGAAAAUGCCUUAUUGCAUAUGAGUGCAGUCAUAUGUUUGAUGUACUUG